AUGGCAGAUCUGCAUUCGGGAAGGACGAGGGGAUUCAAAGUCUGAAUGGGAAGGGCACUGGUGAACUCAGCUUGGAGUAAUUGUUCUGACUCAAGGGUGUGCUUCGCCACGUUCGGGCUCAGGUUCGGGCUGAUUCGGGCUGAUUCGGGCUGAUUCGGGCUGACUUCACGUUCGGGCUAAGUCGGUCAACUUUUCGCUGACGUGUCGCCUCGGUCCACUCCCUGCAGCCAGAAAGUACGUCGAUGCGGAUGGCAUGUACGUACGAAGACAAAGGCGAUAUGAUAUUGUGAGUAUACUUGCAAGCACGGGCAAACUGACAAAGUCUCUUACAUUCGACUCUGCGUAGGCGCCGGCAAUUUCAACAAGCAGAAUCCGACCACCGACUAGCUCUGACUUCCCUUCGCCACUCGUAACAUUCCUCGACCCAGUAGGUGAUGCAGAAGUGGCAGAGAUUAGAACACUUGUCCCGGUCCUGCGGUAUGGGCCGCUUCGGAGAUCGACCUGGAAUGGUCCCACAGCUAUCAACGGCCCGAAGAACAUCAUCCCAAGGACGCGUGCAGACUCGUCUCUGUCAGAACAAGCACCAACACUAUCUUGUGGAGAAACUUGUUCCUUCGAAGCAAUGAGAGGUCGUCAAGUAUGUAAGUAAAUGCGCCGGUCCUCACUUUACUGUGCGCUCGCUUUGCGUGCUGACCAGUCACUUCUCCAUCGGCCCUUGAAGAAUGGACAUGUUUCCUUGCGGUCACAUCGGGUGACUGGCUCUAGAGGCCCGGGCCCGUCAAAAAGCAAGAAGACCGAUCAAAACCCUAACAGAAGCCAACAGACCAUCCACAAGAGGGACCUUGGCAACGGUCGAAACCAAGAGCAACUAGACGAGGAUCAGGGACAGGACGAAGAAGAAGUCGAGGAGUUGGAACGCUUUGAUAGGAAUUGA